UAGAAAUUCAAUUAAAAGAACGAGGUGACAACCAGUGUAGAGUAGAGUAGAGAACGCAAUCAAAACCCCACCCACAGUAGUCACAUUUUUCACGAUCUUUUCUAUAAUUGUCUGAAGAAACCUCUUCACUUCUUGAUAAUAACCCAGCCCAAUCUUUAGUCAAACUUUUGCAGAACCAACCCUAACCCGUCUCUACUCCGAGUCACACGCAAUGAAUGCAGCCUGAAACGACAACUUACUGCGUUACAGAGCUUAAAAUCGCGACCAAUAAUAAUGCACGCGGGAUUAUCCUAACACAACAAGCAAGGUCGACGAAUAUUACCGUCCGAUGAACAGCUCCAGACAUUUUGCAACUAAGAUAUUAUGUUGCAUUCGCGAUCAUUUGCAGCUGUAGUGCCGUGUGCCUGCGUUGAGAUGUUGUCAAUUUAUAUCAACAAGUGGCUAAUUGACUGAAUAUUUUUCAAAGGUACCUGGAUAGCUGAAAAUGAAGACCUUGCUACUGGUUUGUUCAGUACCUCUGCUGCUCUACGCCUUCAUCAAAUUAUGGCUGAAAUGGCGACGCACCUACUGGCAAAGAAAGGGGCUACCUGUGAUAGAAUUACCGGUAGACGAGCAGAACGUGAAUUCAGCAGUUCAGAUCAUGAAGAAAUACAGGAUAGCCAAAGAAAGAGGACUGAAACAUAUCGGAACAUACGGGCAUUUCAGUAAACCUACUUACCUGCCGAUAGAUUUGGAGAUCAUGAGACACAUCGCGGUAAAGGACUUUGCGUACUUCCAGAACCACGGCGUGUACGUGAACGAAAGGGACGAUCCAAUAUCUGCCAGUCUGUUUCAUUUGGAAGACGAGAGAUGGAGAAGUAUGCGGGUCAAACUGACAGCAACUUUCACUUCAGGAAAAAUGAAAAUGAUGUUUCCCAUCGUGGUGAAAUGCGCCAAUCAGUUAAAGGAUGUGCUCGACGAACACGCAAGGAUCGGUGAUCCUAUAGACAUAAAGGAAAUUCUGGCGAGAUUCACGACGGACGUUAUUGGAGAAUGUGCGUUCGGUAUCGAAUGCAACUGCAUAAAAGAUCCCAACACGGAGUUCAGAAAAUAUGGAAAGAAACAGUUCGACUUUAGCACUUGGCCAAGAGUGAUGCGGGGCAUGAUGAUGGCUGCUUUACCACAUAACAUAUUGAGAUUUUUAAGAUUCAAGUUUAUUGAAGCUGAUGUUGAAACAUUUUUCAAAGAUCUAGUUAAAGACAUGGUAGAGUACAGAGAAACUUCACAGAAACGAAGAAACGAUUUUCUGCAACUGCUGAUCGAACUGAAGAACACUGGAAAAGUAAGCGAGGAUGAAGGUACCCAAGGAGGUGAAAUACACAAAGCUGGCGAUAUGGAGCAUAUAACUAUGGAUCAGAUAACAGCGCAGUGUCUUAUUUUCUUCAACGCUGGAUUUGAAACUUCAUCUUCUACAAUGACCUUUGCUCUAUACGAACUAGCUAUGAAUGAAGAGUAUCAAGAUAAAUUAAGAGAUGAAAUAAACACCGUUCUGAAGAAACAUGGUGGGCAGCUGACGUAUGAAGCUGUCCUGGAAAUGGAGUACUUGGAGAUGGUCUUAAACGAAACCCUACGAAAGCAUCCGCCCUUAGCUAACUCCAUGAGGGUGUGCGCUAAGGAUUACAAAGUACCUGGAACGGAUUUCAUCCUCGAAGCCGGUACUAAUGUCGUGUUUACGAUCCAGCCGAUCCACAUGGAUCCAGAAUAUUAUCCUGAUCCAGAAAAGUUUAAUCCAGAGAACUUCAGUGAAGAGAACAAAGCAAAGCGACCACCGUUCACGUUCAUGCCAUUCGGGGAAGGACCCAGGAUGUGCAUAGGUCUCAGGUUCGGCAAGAUGCAGUCCAAGAUUGGUUUAAUCACGAUUCUGAGUCAAUACAAAGUGGCUCUGAACAAGAAAACAUUAUACCCAUUAGUGUACUGCCGACGGUCGCCUAUUUUGAGCGUCAGCGGAGGAGUUUGGUUGGACCUUACGAAAAUAAAUUGAAUGCAGCAUUGCUCUAAAUAAGGAGUUAUUGAAGUACUGACAUACACUAUUAAUUCCGGCCUUACCAUAAUAGUGACAAGUAGAAAUUGAUCUUAAAAUUGUUUCAGAAAUAGAGUUAUCGGUCCUGUGUAUAUAUUUUGCGGCUAUUGGUACUGGGUGCAUUUCCGGGCACAGAUGACGAGAUUUCUAACCUAAAAAUGUAAAAUAAAAUGCAUCUAUCUUAUUUAAAAGUCUACCAAUUCUAUAAUUUUAUUCCAACAAUUAUAAAGUUUUGAUAUUGUUUUUUGUACUCCUUCUGGCUUUACAUCAUUUUUUGGUGAUUUAGCUACUAAAUUUGUCAUGGAGUUAGUUUUAGAAGCAGCUAUUUUAGGAGGCGGGAUGAUUUUCACAAAUUAAACUUACAAUCAGCAAACAGUAAAGUACAAAUUGAUAGCGAGAAAACGGCAAUAUGUAUAUAAUUUCUUUAUCUCUACAAACCACUAUAAAAAGUAAGAUUAUUUGCUGUGCCACCAUUUUAAGCGUCCUAUAAUAGUAGCAGGCACUAACUUUAUUAAAUCCAACUCUUAUUUUUCUUUUACUGCGCCUACUCAAAUGUCAAACACAGCCAGGAAUUAUUAGCGCCUGACUAUAUUGGACGUUCAAUAACUCCCUAUAACUUCAAGGUAUUUCGACCAAAUACUGAGCACUGCAACUAUAGAAAACUAACCUUACUUUUUAUAUCUUAAGGAAUAAAAAUUUAACUUAACUUUUGCCUGAAUUUGGAUUCUAAAGGAAAAAUAUAGGGCAAAUGUAUUGAAAAGACAAUUCAAACAGUAUUUUUUAUCGCUUGUGCCUUCAGGUAAAUCGUUUUAAGCCCCAUUUUAUACUUCUCAGUUUAUGUUAUGAUAAUUAUAUUAAAAAUGUUCAUCAAUAUACAUUAGAAAUAUAUUUUUCACUUCUCUUGUGUUUAUUUUUCUUCCUGGCUUCCAAAUUCUCAACGCCUAUGCUUUGCAACACGCUAUACGAGAAAUAUCGUCAAGUAGAUAGACUCUGCAUUUCGUGCGCAACGCUGUCAUCAG